AUGCGUGUUACAAUCAUAUUGACCCUUUGCAUCGUACUUACAUUGGCUGCACCUCAAUCAAAACUUGAAUUCGCUAAUAAUGAUAACAACGGCAAGCAGUUUAUAGAAGAAGUGGUUGUGGAGUCUGUACUUCAUGUAAAGAGUCCCACUGCCUCGAGACAGGGUCGAACCAGCACCGACCUGCAGACAGGAGCUAGGGUACAACUGAAACAAUGA